AUGAACGCAUCUCUCUGCCUGGCCCGAGCCGCCCUGCGCCACAGCCGGUGCGCGCUUCGGUCGUCCUUGUCGGCGCCGAGACUGGUCGCCGCUUACCACUCCUACUCGCUCCCGACGGGCGCCUCGCCCUCGCCUCGCGGCGCCGACAUUCACGAGACGCCCAUCACACAGCCCGAGCCCCUCCCGCGGGUACACGAGACGCGCCCGCCGACGACGCCGCCGUCACGGCCGAGCGGCAUCCCCGAGCAGCAGGAGGAGGCCGCCUCUCCGGCGGCGCACCCCGCCGCGGCCAAACCCGCAGCGCCGCCCAAGAACUCACAGCCCGGCGACGUCAGCGCCGCCUCCGCUUCCUCAAGCGCAAGCGCAAGUCCGAGCACGAGUCCGAGUACCUCCAGCGAAAAGACCACCAGCACGAGCCCGAGCACUAGUAGCACAACAGCACAACAGCCGGCAAAGGCCCCCAAGCCGGCGCGGGCGCGGCCUAAGCUGCGGGCGCGCAAGGCCGCCAUGAAGCUCACGCCUGCGGCCGUGGAGCAGCUGCGCACGAUGCUGGACCAGCCGGACCCCAAGCUCAUCAAGGUUGGGGUGCGAAACCGCGGCUGCAGCGGGCUGGCGUACCACCUCGAAUACGUGGACAAGCCGGGCGCCUUUGACGAGGCAGUCGAGCAGGAUGGCGUCAAGGUGCUCAUCGACAGCAAGGCCCUCUUCAGCAUCAUUGGCAGCGAGAUGGACUGGGCCGAGGACAAGCUCAACCAGCGCUUCGUCUUUAGGAACCCCAACAUAAGUACGUUGCACCCCCCCGUUCAUCGGUCCACCCCGUGGCAGUCGCCUCCGGUAUUGCGAGGGGUAAGUAAAACAAAGGAAGAUGCUGACGGUACAUGGCACAGAGGAGCAAUGCGGUUGCGGCGAAUCGUUCAUGGUAUGAGAUAUAGACUGCAGUUCCUUGACGAUGCUUUGAGUUCAAGAGCAACAUCUCAUGGACGCCACCGCCGCCGGCAGGACGAUCCACCAGUCGAGCAUGCGAAGGAGCCCACCCGAGGGGUAUUGAAUGACGAGAGCGAAGUACUGCAUUUCACACAUUGA